AAAAUCUAUUAUCAGUAUUUUUGUAUAGUAGUAACUGUAGUGUCCUAAUCUUUAUCGCACGGUAAGUGAAUGCUCUCUAGUGUCGUCUCACUCGUCUGUAUCAGUUCACCUCUCCACCCCCUCUUUUCUCCGUGUGCCCUGAUGAUGGCACGGCGCGCGGUAAUCCUCUCAGCGGCGCACAUGCUCAGUACCGAUCACUGUGGCGAUUUGUAAUGGCUGCGGGAUGAUGUGAUACGAGUCCCGGUGCCGCUCCGCCGAAUGCCAUUUCCUGAGACCGCCAACCACUCCGUUCAAUCCUCUGUCAACAUGGUUGACAUCCGACGCGAGAAUAACGGACGGCCAUCGUAGUGAAGAGCAUCCGCGGGAGCUUUAAUCGUUUUGUAAUAGUGCCAGUGAAUUGCGUGUGGUUGGCGGUAGUCGGGAAUGAUGGCCGUGAAGGAGCGUGUGGAGGCGGUGUUGAAUGUGGGCCUGCGGGUCCCCAGUAUCAUGUUGCUGGAGGUGCUGUACCGAUGGGAUGUCAGCUCCUUCUUCCAAAAGAUCCAGAGGAGCAGCCUCAACAAUAACCCCCUCUUCCAAUACAAGUACCUGGCCCUAUACCUGCACUAUGUGGGCUACAUUCUGAGUCUAGUGCUGCUGACUCUGCCCCGACAGCACCUGGUGCAGCUCUACCUGUAUGUGCUCACCGCUCUGCUGCUGUUUGCUGGCCACCAGAUCUCCAGGGACUAUGUGCAGAGUGAGCUGGAGUCUGGAUAUGAGGGUCCACUGUACCUGGAGCCUCUUUCCAUCAAUCGUUUCACUACUGCGCUUAUCUGCCAGCUGGUGGUGUGUACCCUGUGCUCCUGUGUGAUGCAGACCAAGCGCAUUUGGCUGUUCUCUGCGCACCUGCUCCCUCUGGUGGCCCGGCUGUGCCUGGUCCCUUUGGAGACCAUCGUUUUUGUGAAUCGUUUUGCCAUGAUUUUCACAGGGCUGGAAGUCAUCUACUUCUUGGCCUCCAAUCUGCUGGUGCCAUUUAACCUGGCCAAAACGGCAUACCGGGAGCUUGCACAGGUGGUGGAGGUGUAUGGGUUGCUGGCUCUUGGUAUGUCUCUAUGGAAUCAGCUGGUUCUGCCAGUGUUGUUCAUGUGUUUCUGGCUGGUUCUGUUCGCCCUGCAAAUCUACACAUACUUUAGUACACGAGAUCAGCCUACGUCCAGAGAGAGACUGCUGUUUCUUUUUCUCACCAGUAUUGCAGAGUGCUGUUGUACUCCAUACUCACUGCUGGGUCUGGUCUUCACCGUCUCAUUUGUAGCUUUGGGAGUCCUCACUCUUUGCAAGUUCUACUUGCAGGGCUACAGGGCUUUCAUGAACGACAAUACCAUGCACAGAGGCAUGACGGAGGGAAUCACUCUUUUGAUCCUCGCUGUACAGACCGGACUGAUCGAGCUACAGGUCAUCCACAGGGCCUUUCUUCUCAGCAUCAUCCUCUUCAUCGUGGUGGCCUCCAUCUUGCAGUCUAUGCUGGAGAUAGCAGAUCCCAUAGUGCUGGCACUGGGAGCCUCCAGAGACAAGAGCUUAUGGAAACACUUCCGCGCGGUUAGCCUGUGCUUGUUCUUGCUGGUGUUCCCUGCUUAUAUGUCCUACAUGAUCUGUCAGUUCUUCCACAUGGACUUCUGGCUGCUUAUCAUCAUUUCCUCCAGCAUUCUGACCUCACUGCAGGUGCUGGGCACACUGCUGAUCUAUGUGCUCUUUAUGGUGGAGGAGUUUCGCAAGGCCCCCGUUGAGAACAUGGAUGACGUCAUCUACUGGGUGAACGGCACUUACAGGCUGCUGGAGUUCUUGGUCGCCCUGUGCGUGGUUGCGUACGGUGUAUCGGAGACCGUGUUCGGGGAGUGGACCGUGAUGGGCUCUACUAUCGUGCUCAUCCAUUCUUACUAUAACGUCUGGCUGAGGGCCCAGCUGGGCUGGCAGAGCUUCCUGCUCCGCAGAGAUGCUGUCAACAAGAUCAAGAGCCUGCCGACAGCUUCUCACCAACAACUCCAGCAGCACAAUGACAUCUGCUCCAUCUGCUACCAGGACAUGACAUCAGCUGUGAUCACUCCCUGCAGUCAUCUUUUCCAUGCUGGCUGCUUGAAGAAGUGGCUGUAUGUUCAGGAGACUUGCCCUCUUUGUCACAACCAGCUGAAAGGGUCUUUACAGCCCAGCUCUUCAACACAAGAUGGCACAUCACAGCAACCAGAGUCCGAAGUUCCCCAGCAAGAGCUCACGGCUGAACUCAAAGAAAAGGAUGGUGUAAAGGAAUUAGUCCCAGGUGAUUGUGGUCCUCCAGCCUGCUCCUCCUCCACAGGCUAAAACUAUUUCCUAAAAACCCGCCUUGAGCUAAACUCAACUCUACACAUUUGCUGGCCAAAAGGGAGUGUCACAGGCGAGGAAACUCUGUGAUCGGCUCUAAAGGCUCCAUAGACAACUACACAAUCCACCAUCCUUCUAAUCCAGACAUAGGCAUAUGCUGAAGAUGGUCAGAUGCUCAGUCUGACAGACGUGAAUAGAAACUUUUAAUGAAUGGAUUGCCUAAACACACCAGCUCUUCCCUAAUCUACUAUGUCCAGCAAACACCAAUGUGAAUGUGUUGUGUUGGUGUUGUGUAGGCAUUGGCACAUAUCCACAAGCACGCUCUCAGUAUUCAGUAAUACUAGCCCGUCUUUUUCUGUUCUCUGUUUGUUUCCAUAGAGAAAUAUACAGUAUAUAUAGUAUAUAUACACAUACAGUAUGCCACUGCAUUUGCACUAAUGUAAUAUAAAGCAAUGCUCCAAAGUUGUCUUGUCUGAUACCAAAUAUUUUGGUGUGUAUGCGAUUUAUCAAGUUACCUAUAUGAAGUAUACCUAUGUACAAAUGUAUGUAAAGGGAUUUUGAUAUGCAGAAGUACCUAGAGAGUUAAACUGCAUCAAGUGUCAUGAAGUGGCCUAAGGCUUUUAUGACCUCUAGUGGUUAAAGUGGGAAGAGCCACUGGACACGGAGAAGCAUUGGUGUCAGUUUCAUUCUUAUCAGUAUUUGGCAUUUAUCGCAUUUGUGGGCAUGAAUACAUUCAAAAUGUAUGAGCACAAAUUGCGAACGCCAUUAAGUUAAAUAUAUUUUACUAUGACUAUUUUAAAAGUUUUUUCUUUUAAACUUAUUUUAAUCUGGGACACUUUUUU